AUGUUAAAACGACCAUCACCUCUUAAGAAGCCGAGCGUGCACGCGAGUACAUCCAGAGCUGCCAAGCUCACUAACCUGGGCCCACACAAGGAGUAUAAGAAAUGGACCAAGCCACGUCUUAACAAUGAUCUGAUGGGGCCCUCGGCUCCUAAUGUAAAGGAGAUGAGUCGCGCCGCCGCCAUCAACUGCACACGCACACACGUGCGCCCGCCUGGGGACAGCACCAACACCGACGAAGUGCGCUUUCAACGCGUCUCUGUCAGUGGGAUACACGUCACUGGGGUAAGAAGUCACCACGAACUUGAAACAAUUUAUACUAGUAGCUAUAGCACUUUUCUGCGGGUCGAAGGGAACUGGGAAGCCGUCACCUCUUUCUGCGAAGCAGUGCAUGCUCGCAAAGAAGAAAGCGGAGCGCGUAAGGGAGCUAUCCUCGUCCUCACGACCCAGCCACCGCAGAAGGUGACAGCUGCAGCUGAAGGUAGCUCGCUAGAACCAGAUCCGAGCGUACGGCGCGUAGCUUUCCGCGCGCUGCAAAGAACCAAUAGACCGCCACAGACGGGGCCUUACAGGGCCGAUGUGCCGCUGGAGGACUUGAUCCGUUCGGCACAGCUACUGCUCCAGGCGCUGUCGUACCGCCAGCGAUACAUGAACCAAUCUAACCAGACCUUCUCCCCGGUGGUGGACACCUACCUGCGCAACCAGAAACGGCGCGACACCUACUCCAAUAUUAGGCUUCAACUGUCUGAUUACGAUGAAACUAACGCUAUUAACUUGGAUAGUACUCUAGCUGACCACUACAUGAAUCUGACGACGUGCUCCUCUGACGAGCUGGUGAUACCGAUGAAAGUCAGUCCUCAGGUCUCCGACGCUAGAAUGACAAUGUCGAAUGUUAAAAAUCCGGAUGCGCUCAGAGGUGUCACCGAGAGCUACGAGGAGUUGCCGGCCAUAUCAAAAAUGUUGUUAAUCGAUCCCUGGACGGUUCCACACCCACCGGACAUGCACUACGUCUGCCAGUGGCAGAAUGGGGUGAUGGUGAUCUAUCGCAAUCAGUUAGACGUGGAGGCUAACACACCUCUGCCCUACGAGGCCAUAUCCUUCCAGGAGUUCGCCGCUAACCUGGCUCACUUGCAGUCCAUGAUCUGCGACGGCCCGCUGAAGUCGUUCUGCUAUCGCCGCCUGUCGUACCUGUCGUCCAAGUUUAAGAUGCACGUACUGCUCAACGAGCUGCAUGAGCUGGCGCUACAGAAGGCGGUGCCGCAUCGAGACUUCUAUAAUGUGAAGAAAGUGGACACCCACAUCCACGCAGCAUCCUGUAUGAACCAGAAGCAUCUUCUGCGCUUCAUCAAGCGCACCCUGAGGACCCAGGCAGACGAGGUGGUGGCCAUGCGGGAGGGGAUGCCCGUCACAUUGAAGAACGUCUUCGAGGACAUGUGUCUCGAUGCUUACGACCUGAAUGUGGAUAUAUUGGAUGUGCAUGCGGAUCGUAACACAUUCCUUCGUUUUGACAAGUUCAAUUCCAAGUACAACCCUAUCGGAGAGAGCAGACUGCGCGAGGUCUUCCUCAAAACUGACAACUACAUGAACGGGAAGUACUUCGCCGGCAUUCUUAAGGAGGUGAUGGGUGACCUUAAAGACAGUAGGUACACGUACGCGGAGCCUCGCAUCUCAAUCUACUGCAAACGAUCGAACGAGUGGAGCAAGCUCGCUUCCUGGGCGGUGAAGAAUGACGUGCAUUCCCCUCACAUACGCUGGCUCAUACAGGUGCCGAGGCUAUACGAUAUCUACCGGUACAAAAAGAUACUAAAGAACUUUCAAGAGUUCUUGACGAACCUAUUCGAGCCUCUGUUCCUCGUCUCUGUGGAUCCUAGUUCUGACCCUGACCUGCACAAAUUUCUUUCGCACGUAAUAGGCUUCGACAGCGUGGACGAUGAGUCUAAGCCGGAAAACACUAUGUUGCCAGCUGACAUGAAGACUCCGGACAAAUGGGAUGACGAGGAGAACCCGCCGUACGCGUACUAUCUCUACUACAUGUACGCCAACAUGACUGUGCUGAACCAGAUAAGGAAAGAGCAAGGCCUGAACACAUUUGUGCUGCGCCCUCAUUGUGGUGAGGCAGGGCCUGCCGUGCACAUGUCCGUGGCGUUCCUGCUUGCUGAGAACAUUUCUCACGGCUUAGUACUGAGAAAGGUGCCAGUUCUCCAGUACAUGUAUUACCUGGCGCAGAUCUUCAUAGCCAUGUCACCUCUCAGUAACAACUCCCUCUUUCUGAGGUACCACCGUAACCCUCUGCCGGAGUACUUCUCUAGAGGUCUGAGGGUCACACUCAGCACUGAUGACCCGCUGCAAUUUCAUUAUACUAAGGAGCCGCUGAUGGAGGAGUACAGCAUCGCCGCCCAGGCGUGGAAGUUAAGCUCGUGUGACAUGUGCGAACUUGCUAGGAACUCUGUCAUCAUGUCCGGGUUCCCGCACGAGCUGAAGCAGCACUGGCUGGGCGACGAGUACCUGCAGGAUGGUCCAGAUGGUAACGACAUUACGCACACCAACGUACCCGACGUGCGCAUCUCCUUUAGACACGAGACUCUCAUCGACGAACUUGAGAACUUGUUCCGGGUCGCCAAACGAUCAAACGGAUUACGUGAUGGUAAGCAAUCAGCGCCGCCCAUUGACACUCGUUAUACCAAAGGAGUUACUACAAGGUACGUUGCUUUAAGGAUAGAAUAUUUGAGUAUAGAGGAUGGGGCAGGAAUGGCCAGCUCGACCAGAAUGAUACCACGGACUUACAGAACCAGCGUGAAGCAACACUUAAGUUGUUUCGCGUGA